ACACACACACACACAAACACACACACACACACACACAGAGGCACGCACAGAUGUGCAAGCUCUUACAUCCCAGGACUUCAUCUGAGGACCGCUGAGGAAAACUUCACUUGAAGGAGAACAGACAGUGGAGGAGCUGCGUAAAAGGAGAGCUUUUUAAAAGUGGAUUGAUAAAAUUACAGCGAUUUAUAAACAUCAUAAAAAGAGAGAAAGAGAAUCAAAUACAAGACUGAAGAUGACAAGCAGACGAGAAGCUUUGGUGAUCUGGAUGUUGUAGGAAGGAGGCCUGCUGUCAGUCCCAACGUGGAGAUUGGCCACCAUCUGAUAUCCAGUGGAUCUAUACUGACUGCCAUUUCCCUCGCUGCUCUCGCCAGGGCUCCCACCCUCCACAAGGGACAUCUCAAGAUCAUCAGCAUGCCUGCAGCUUGCACAAGGUGCACCUUGGGAGUCUGACCCACCAUGUGCAGAUGGACGGCGUCCGAAGCUCACUUCUGCCCUGAAACUGCUCUGAACAGUACAACUGCUGCCGCCUCCACUGGGUCACCUCUCCUUCUGCCCAGUGCAGCGACCCUUUGCCUGGCAUGCUUCACCCUGCUCCUGGUUACCGCUGGCACUGCCACAGGGGCCUGUCCUCCACGUGUAGGGCAUGAACCCCUUCAGGUACUGGCAAGUGGUAUCAACUGCUCAUGGACUCUGGAGAGGCACACACGCAGUUAUAAUCACUUAGAGGGUGACGUCCGACUACGGCGACUUUACUCCGCCAACAAGUUCUUCCUCUGCAUUGAUGAAACAGGCAAGGUGGAUGGCACCCGGAGGAAAAAUUACGCUGACAGCCUGAUGGAAAUCCGAUCUGUCAGUGUGGGAGUUGUUGCCAUCAAAUCUGUCAGCACCGGGCUGUACUUAGCUAUGUCCAAGAAAGGCACGCUCUUUGGAUCGGUAAAGUACAACCCAAGCUGCAAAUUUAAAGAGCGCAUUGAGGAAAAUGGCUACAACACAUACGCAUCGCUUCGAUGGAAACAUGGCGGCAGACAGAUGUUUGUGUCUCUGAAUGGACGUGGGAAACCGCGGCGAGGACACAAGGCUCGACGAAGACACCCGUCUACUCAUUUCUUGCCCAUGCUCCCCUCUUAGUUCCUCAAGUCUGAACUCUGCCAGGCAACAAACAUGUCUCUGCUGAUUUCUCACAGUAGCAUCAGUGUAGCUGUGAUGACUAUUUUGAUGUUUACUAUUCCAUCCCUAUGUCACAUGUACAUUUGCUGACGUUUGUAACAUUCGUAGGAUUAGUAAUCUACUUUUAAGUUAUUUUUUUUUCCAGUUUGUAAUGGCA